AUGUCCAUGCAUGAUUCCCAAAUCAUGCAGGACAAUGGCAUUGGAGGCAAUGAAUACAACAAGUACAAGGAUGAGGUAUCGCUCCAGAAGUAUUGUGUAGCUCUCGAUGAAUUGGAGCGUCUCAUGGUCAUGCAAUUAUUCGAACUAUCCAAACUCUCACUUUCAGAAAUGGGGUACAAAUUAUGGCAACAAAUCAGAAAGGCAUUGCAGAGACGUUCAGAUGCAAUUCAGAAUGCCAUCAACAAGUAUAAUGUGCAAGCUACUGCCCUUAAUCCUUCCCGACCAUGCUUAUCAUGGAAGGACAUAGCUGAUUAUAGUUUCCUGGGCGAGUUUGAUCCUACGCAUCGAGAAGGCUCAGUCAAAUUCUUCAAGCUUCGCCAUGCAUAUGAAGAAGUUGAGCAUCUCAACAUUGAAGUUCAUCAUCUGCAGACUGCCAUUCAUGAUGAAGGUGCACAGAUAUCUACAACCAUCAAUAAAAUCCUUGACUCAAAUCCUCUGCUGGGUUGGGAGCUGCAGAAGCACUGGAAACUGCAUUCUGCAGUAUUCAAGGUCAUGGACAAUGGAUUGGCUCCUUGGUAG